GGCGUUCAGAAUAAUAAUGGUCUAAAUCCACUUUUUAAGAAAAAUCGAGAUUUUACCUUUAAACACAUUAUUAUAAUGUGUACCUUAUAAAAAAAAGAUCAGCGUUAAAAAUGUGCUGUUAUCAGUCGAGAUAACGGCAUAGAUUUUUUGAUAGGUAACUCUUUUUAUCAAAAUUUCAGUUUAUAAAUGGAACAAGUGGAACUAUCCGUAUAAAAGUGAAACAUGUUUCAAAUUGUUCUUCCAUUUUUUUUUGCCAUCACCAUUGAAUGUGUAAUCAACUGCAAGUGCAUAACCUUUCUUAAAAUAAAGUUGUUUUUUUUUUAAUACAUAUAAUAAAGUAUGAGUGAUUUUAGUGUUUCUGAUCUGGAUUCUGAAUACCUUUGAAACUGGGGGACCAUCAACUGUUCUACCGGGACCAUCAAUUGCUAUUAAAACUUUUCCUCUACCUUGGUGUCAUGCCCAUUGUGCGAUCGGGACCAGGGACAAUUUCCUUCAAAUGGAAAUCUCCACAAAUGGCAUACGCUUUGAUCUUGUACUGCUUCACCACAUCUCUAGUCGUUACGGUGGGCUAUGAACGUCUUCGUAUAUUUCAAACAACUAAAAAAUUUGAUGAUUACAUUUAUGCUGUAAUAUUUAUAAUAUUUUUGGCACCACACUUUUGGAUACCUUUUGUUGGAUGGGGAGUUGCCAAUGAAGUGGCAACUUAUAAGACAAUGUGGGCUCAUUUUCAAGUGAGAUUCUAUCGGGUUACUGGUGUGUCAUUGAUGUUUCCAAAACUUCGAAUUAUGAUUAUAAUACUGUUUGUUGGAUGCGUUUCUUUGGCUGUUGUGAUUUUGUACAGUUUAAGUUGUCUACUUGAUGGAUUUCUACUUUGGCACACGAUAGCGUAUUUUCAUAUUAUUACGAUGAUAAAUAUGAAUGCAGCUUUGUUAUACAUCAAUGCAAGGGCAGUGAAAGAGGCUUCACACAGUUUAUCAGCAUGUUUUAAAAAGGACACAAGUUUUGAUUGCAAUUCAACAGUUGUUUCAGAAUAUCGAAUUCUUUGGCUUAAUUUAAGUGAGAUUCUACAAGCCUUGGGCAAUGCUUAUGCCCGAACCUAUACAACAUUUUGUCUUUUUCUAUCCAUUAAUAUAACAAUUGCAGCUUUUGGAGCUCUUUCGGAAAUUUUCGACAGUGGAUUCUCUGCCAAAGUCGUUGGAAUGUUAAUAUUGACAAUUUAUUGUACUACAUUGCUGUUCAUUGUUUGUGAUUGUGCUGAAGCAGCUUCCAAUGUUGUAGCUGAAGAAAUUCAACACACUUUACUCACUUUGGAUCUUUCAAAAAUCGAAAUACAAACUCGUCGAGAGAUUGAUCAUUUUAUAUCAGCAAUUGAAAUUAAUCCACCUGUUAUUUGUAUGAAAGGCUAUUCGAAAAUUAAUAGACAACUUUUAACUUCGUUAUUUUCGAAGAUUGCAGUAUAUUUAAUAGUAUUGGUGCAGUUUAAACUAUCUAUUGUGGAACAGAACAAGUAUUUAGCUAAUGUUCUAGCUAAUCAUACAAGCAAUAAGCCUUAGAACACGAGAGUAGUUGACUUAAAUCACAGCUUUUAAUGGAUAUUUGUCAUAAACUGUUAAGUUCUCUAGAUUAAAGGCUGAAGUUUUAUUUACGACGUUAUUAUACUAAAUUUAUUGCACUGCUGAGCAA